GAAAAUUUGUAAUUUAACCUGAAGAAAUCGGAAGCCCUAGCUCUUCAACGUGCGCCUACAACCCAACAGCCAGUACUGCCGACGAUUCCCUCCGGCCACACCAGACGCCUAUCAGCUCGAUUUAUCCCGAGUCUUCUUCAGCUAAUCGAUUUCUCCGACGCCGGCUUCAGCUAAAGCUUCAUUAACAUGAGAUUGAAAAAGCAGAAGCGUCAUCGCAGAAGUGUUAGAUUCUACACAACAUGCUUUGGUUUCAGAGCACCCUUCAAAGUUUUGUGUGAUGGAACAUUCAUACACCAUCUUCUUGUUAAUCGCAUCACUCCAGCUGACACAGCCCUCUCUAACAUCCUAGGUGCUCCAGUCAAAAUGUUCACAACCAGAUGUGUUCUUGCAGAGUUGAAAAGUCUCGGUGAAUCCUACUCUGAUUCUCUUAAUGUGGCCCGUGAUCUUGCACCUGCAAGGUGUGAUCAUGAGCAGAGGAAGAGUGCUGUGGCCUGUUUAACAGAAGUUAUUGGAGAAGACAAUUCAGAGCAUUUCUUUGUUGCUAGUCAAGAUGCUGACUUGCGCAAGAAGUUUCAAGAGAAACCAGCUGUCCCUGUAGUAUUUGCACUUAGAAAUGCUUUGUUUCUUGAACCUCCAUCUCAAUCUCAGCAACAGUUUGCCAAAUCUGCUGAAGAACAACGCUCACAUAUGAAUGAGUUGGAGUUUAAGAUGCUGAUUAAAAAGAAAAAGAAAAGCUCAGCGAAAGAGGAAUUAGGGGAAGCCUCUGACGAGGAUGAAGAUUUGUCAAAAAAGAUUAUAGAAGAUCUGAAGAAAAAUGCUGCUAAAAGGAAUUCGGAUGUGAAGGAUAAAGUACAAUUCAAGAGAAAGAAAGCCAAGGGUCCAAAUCCGUUAUCUUGUAAGAAGAAGAAAACUGAGAACCAAAAACCUGUUGCUAACAAGGAAGGUAAUGAGAAUGAGAGUGCUGAAACAAUAAGGAGCAGGAGCAAGAAAAGGAAGAGGUCUCGUAAGCAGAAAAAUCUCACUGAUUCAACUGGCUAAAUCAUGUUUUACAUAUAAAGUCUUCACAAGAUGAAGUGAUUUGUUUGUUUUGUGAUGAAGUUGUCAAGAACUACAUAUGAGGGAGUCUGUAGAGCUUAGGCUCAAUUUUUGUAGUAAUUUAUGGGUUCUGAGUA